CAGUAACAAAACCGGUACGCAUGCCGGUACAGUAUUGACUACUUUGGUUGUGAUGCCAUUCAAUCUGAAGAAUGCUGAAUCUACCUAUCAAAGAGCCAUGAAUGCAAUUUUUAAUGAUAUGAUUGGUAAGUUCAUGGAAAUCUAUAUUGAUGAUGUUGUGGUGAAGUCACAUGGAGAAGAAAACCACCUAGUCCAUUUGAGGAAGGCUUUUGAGCGGAUGAGGCAACAUGGCUUGAAAAUGAACCCACUAAAGUGUGCCUUUGGAGUGUCUACAGGUAACUUCCUUGGGUACUUGGUGCAUGAGCGUGGUUUGGAGGUUGACAAGAACAAAGCCAGCAUUGUGAUUGAGGCAAAACCACCACAGAAUAAAAAGGAGUUGCAAAGAUUUCUUGGCCAAGUUAAUUUCUUAAGACGUUUCAUUUCUAACUUGGCUGGGAAAACCAGAGUCUUUUCUCCUCUGUUGAAUCUCAAGUCUGAGGCGAAUUUUAAGUGGGAAGAACAUCAUCAGUCUGCCUUUGAUAUGAUAAAACGUACAGAAACCAUGUCUGGAGCUGGAGUCGUGGUUAUCUCCCCAUCUGGGCUAAAAACACAGAUGUCUUUCCAGUUGGAUUUCGAUUGCACAAAUAAUCAAAUAGAAUAUGAGGCUCUGAUUAUUGGUCUUGAGAUGUUGGUGGAGCUUAAAGUAUCCAUGGUUGAGGUUAUAAGGGACUUACAACUAAUCUUGAAGCAAUUGUCUGGUGAGUACAAAUGUACUAGCGUUGCUUUAGCCCCUUAUUUUGCCUUGGCUGUGCAAUUACUAGAGGAGUUUGAUGAUGUGUCCAUCAAACACGUGCCUAGAGACCAAAACUAUGAAGCUAAUGAAAUGGCCCAAAUUGCUUCAGGUCUGCGAAUUCCUGAAGGUGCUGGGAUCAAGAUGCGCUGGCUAAUUCGCAGACAUGGUUUCUUUUGGCCAUUUGUCUUGAAAGACUGUAUUGCUUAUGCUAAGGGCUGUAAAUCUUGUCAGAUCCAUGGGCCACUUCAAAGAGUUCCAACCUGUGAACUUAAUUCUAUUGUGAAACUGUGGCCAUUCCGAGAUUAUUUUACCAAAUUGGUGGAGGCUAAACCAAUGAAGAAGGUAAAUCAAUCUGAUGUAAUCAAGUUCAUCAAAGAGGACAUUAUUCACAGAUUUGGUCUGCUAGAAACAAUUACAACAGACCAAGGCACAGUUUUUAUCAACCAUCAAGUGGAGGCAUUUGCAAAGGAAAUGGGUUUCCAUCUGUUAAAUUCUACUCAUUAUGCACAAGCUAAUGGGCAAGUGGAGGUUUCUAAUAAGGUGGUGAUUAAUUUGCUUGAAAAAAUGGUGAAUGACAACCCCAGACGUUGGCAUGAACUAUUGUCUGAAACACUGUGGGCUUAUAGAACUUCACAUAGAAGUUCAACCAAAAUGACACAUUUUGCCUUAACAUAUGGCCAUGACGCAAUCUUGCCAAUGGAGUUAAUAGCCAGGUCUUUAAGAGUAGCGAUGCAACAUAAUCUCCAGUCUGAGGAAUAUGAUGAGGCCAUGAUGCUUGAGCUUGAGAACCUUGAAGACACACGUUUGACAGCUUUGGAUAGAUUGCAAGUUUAAAAGCUCAAAAUUGCAAAGUCUUACGACAAGAGAGUAAAAGGUAAAAAUCUGGCAGUUGGUGACUUGGUCUGGAAAGCAAUUUUACCUCUUGGUAAGAAAGAUCACAGAUUUAG